AUGACUGAAAGUAUGGCCGCCAAGGAUGGGCGUCAAUCUCUCACAAAGCAGGAUGUCACGAAUGCCGUAGAGAGUUUUAUAGAGUUAUACAAACAACUAGUCCUCGAGCAGAAUUUCAAAGGCUACGAUACCAAACUCCUAACACAAGACCUUCGAUUCAUUGAUGCUGAACCCUCUGGCUCCUCUUCCUGGGAGAUGGCGGCCGACGAGACAUGGUGUAAUAUGAAUGGUGUCCUUCAUGGAGGGGCUUAUGGCGUUAUAUUUGAUAUGUGUACUGCUAUUACCAUGCAGACUAUUUCCAGGCCUGGGUAUUGGGAGUUCCUGGCCGGCGUAACACGAACGUUAAAUAUCUCAUACCUCAAAGCCAUCCCCUUAGGCACAACAAUACGUAUAAACUGCCAAGUCGAGCAGCACGGCAAAACAAUGGCCCUGAUCAGCGGAUACAUUGAGUCCCUCGACGGAAAAGUCAAAUAUGCCACUGCUGAGCAUCACAAGGUUCAUGUUCCUGCGGAUCCGGGAUUGGCAUCGAGGUUAGAGGCUUUGAAGCUUGCUCGGAGGAGGGAGAGGUUGAAAUUGUGA